AUGAUGAGCUUUGUGCAAAAGGGGACCUGGUUACUUCUUGCUCUGCUUCAACCCACUCUUAUUUUGGCACAACAGACCCAAGAAGCAAUUGACGGAGGAUGCUCCCAUCUUGGUCAGUCCUAUGCGGAUAGAGAUGUCUGGAAGCCAGAACCAUGCCAAAUAUGUGUCUGUGACUCAGGAUCUGUUCUCUGCGAUGACAUAAUAUGUGACGAUCAAGAAUUAGAUUGCCCCAACCCAGAGAUCCCAUUUGGAGAAUGUUGUGCAGUAUGCCCACAGCCUCCAGCAGGUCCUACUCGACCUCCUAAUGGAUAUGGACCUCGAGGCCCUAAGGGAGAUCCAGGUCCUCCUGGCAUCCCUGGGAGAAAUGGUGAUCCUGGUGCCCCAGGACAACCUGGUUCCCCAGGUUCUCCCGGUCUUCCUGGAAUCUGUGAAUCAUGCCCUACUGGUGGUCAGAACUAUUCUCCCCAGUUCGAUUCAUAUGAUGUCAAGGCUGGAGGAGGAGGUGGAGGAGGCUUUCCCGGCCCAGCUGGUCCUCCUGGUCCUCCCGGUCCCCCUGGUACAUCUGGUCAUCCUGGAUCUCCUGGUUCUCCAGGAUACCAAGGUCCCCCUGGUGAACCUGGGCAAGCUGGUCCUUCAGGUCCUCCAGGACCUCCUGGUGCUAUAGGUCCAUCUGGCCCUGCUGGAAAAGAUGGGGAAUCAGGAAGACCAGGACGACCUGGAGACAGAGGACUCCCUGGGCCCCCUGGUGUCAAAGGCCCUGCUGGUAUGCCUGGCUUCCCUGGUAUGAAAGGACACAGAGGUUUUGAUGGACGGAAUGGAGAAAAGGGAGAAACUGGUGCUCCUGGAUUAAAGGGUGAAAAUGGUCUGCCAGGUGAAAACGGAGCUCCUGGGCCUAUGGGUCCAAGAGGCUCUCCUGGUGAGAGAGGACGACCAGGACUUCCUGGGGCCGCUGGAUCUCGAGGUAAUGAUGGUGCUCGAGGAAGUGAUGGACAACCAGGUCCACCCGGUCCCCCUGGAACUGCAGGAUUCCCUGGUUCUCCUGGUGCUAAGGGUGAAGUUGGACCCGCGGGAUCUCCUGGUUCCAGUGGUUCUCCUGGGCAAAGAGGUGAACCUGGACCCCAGGGACAUGCUGGUUCUCCAGGUCCUCCUGGUCCUCCUGGGAAUAAUGGCAGUCCCGGUGGUAAAGGUGAAAUGGGUCCUGCUGGUAUUCCUGGAGCUCCUGGACUUUUAGGACCCCGUGGUCCCCCAGGACCUCCUGGUACCAAUGGCGCGCCUGGACAGCGAGGUGGUGCAGGUGAACCUGGUAAGAAUGGUGCCAAAGGAGAGCCAGGACCUCGUGGUGAACGUGGUGAAGCUGGUACUCCGGGUACUCCAGGACCUAAGGGUGAAGAUGGUAAAGAUGGUUCACCUGGAGAACCUGGUGCUAAUGGACUCCCAGGCACUGCAGGAGAACGGGGUGCACCUGGAAUGCCAGGACGUGCUGGACCCAAUGGCCUUCCAGGAGAAAAGGGUCCUGCUGGAGAGCGUGGUGGUCCUGGUCCUGCAGGUCCCAGAGGGGUUGCUGGAGAACCUGGUCGAGAUGGUCUCCCUGGAGCUCAGGGAAUGAGGGGUAUGCCCGGAAGUCCAGGAGGACCAGGCAAUGAUGGGAAACCGGGACCUCCUGGCAGUCAAGGAGAUAGUGGCCGACCAGGACCUCCAGGUCCGUCUGGUCCCCGAGGGCAGCCUGGAGUUAUGGGUUUCCCUGGUCCAAAAGGAAAUGAUGGUGCGCCUGGCAAAAAUGGAGAACGAGGUGGGCCUGGUGGGCCUGGACCACAGGGCCCAGCUGGGAAGAAUGGUGAAACCGGACCUCAGGGACCCCCUGGACCUACUGGGCCAGCUGGUGACAAAGGAGAAUCAGGAGCCCCUGGGCUACCAGGGCCACAAGGAUUGCCUGGAACCAAUGGUCCUCCAGGAGAAAAUGGGAAACCUGGUGAACCAGGUCCCAAGGGAGAAGCUGGUGGACCUGGAGCUCCAGGAGGCAAGGGUGAUGCUGGUUCCCCUGGUGAACGCGGACCCCCUGGAGCAGCUGGUCCUAUGGGACCUAGAGGUGGAGCUGGCCCUCCUGGUCCAGAAGGAGGAAAGGGCCCCGCUGGUCCCCCGGGGACACCUGGUAAUGCUGGCCCUCCUGGUCUGCAAGGAAUGCCUGGAGAAAGAGGAGGACCUGGAGGUCCUGGACCAAAGGGUGACAAGGGUGAACCAGGUGGUGCGGGUGCUGAUGGUGCUCCUGGGAAAGAUGGGCCAAGGGGUCCUACUGGUCCAAUUGGUCCUCCUGGCCCCGCUGGUCAGCCUGGAGAUAAGGGUGAAGGUGGUGCCCCUGGACUUCCAGGUGUAGCUGGUCCUCGUGGUGGUCCUGGUGAGAGAGGUGAACAUGGACCUCCAGGACCAGCUGGCUUCCCUGGUGCUCCAGGGCAGAAUGGUGAGCCUGGUGCUAAAGGAGAACGAGGUGCCCCUGGUGAGAAAGGUGAAGGGGGCCCUCCUGGUGUUGCGGGACCCACUGGUGGUGCUGGGCCAGCUGGUCCCCCUGGUCCUGCAGGUGUCAAAGGAGAACGAGGAAGUCCUGGUGGUCCUGGUGCUGCUGGAUUUCCUGGUGCUCGUGGUCUUCCUGGUCCUCCUGGUAGUAAUGGCAACCCAGGCCCCCCCGGCGCUAGUGGUGCUCCCGGCAAGGAUGGACCCCCAGGUCCACCUGGUAACAGUGGGUCUCCUGGCAACCCCGGUGUGUCAGGACCAAAAGGUGAUGCUGGCCCACCAGGAGAGAAGGGAUCCCCAGGCAGCCAGGGACCUCCAGGAGCUCCAGGCCCACUUGGAAUUUCAGGAAUUACAGGAGCACGGGGUCUUGCAGGACCACCAGGCAUGCCGGGUCCUAGGGGAAGCCCUGGGCCACAGGGUAUCAAGGGUGAAAGUGGAAAACCAGGACCUAGUGGUCUCAGUGGUGAACGUGGUCCACCUGGUCCGCAGGGUCUUCCUGGUUUGGCCGGUACAGCUGGUGAACCUGGAAGAGAUGGUAACCCUGGAUCAGAUGGUCUUCCAGGCCGAGAUGGCUCUCCUGGUGGCAAGGGUGAUCGUGGUGAAAAUGGCUCUCCUGGUGCCCCAGGUGCUCCUGGUCAUCCAGGACCCCCUGGUCCUGUUGGUCCCUCUGGGAAGAGUGGUGAUAGAGGAGAAACUGGCCCAGCUGGUCCUGCUGGAGCUCCAGGUCCUGCUGGCUCCCGAGGUGCUCCUGGUCCCCAAGGUCCACGUGGUGACAAAGGUGAAACAGGUGAACGUGGGUCUAAUGGCAUCAAAGGACAUCGAGGAUUUCCUGGUAAUCCCGGCUCCCCUGGUGCUCCAGGCCCUGCUGGCCACCAAGGUGCAGUGGGUAGUCCAGGACCUGCAGGUCCCAGAGGACCUGUUGGACCUGGUGGACCUCCUGGAAAAGAUGGAACGAGUGGGCAUCCAGGUCCUAUUGGACCACCUGGACCUCGGGGUAACAGAGGAGAAAGAGGAUCCGAGGGUUCCCCAGGUCACCCAGGGCAACCUGGCCCUCCUGGACCCCCAGGUGCUCCUGGUCCAUGCUGUGGUGGGGCUGCUGCUAUCUCUGGUGGUGGAGGUGAAAAAGCUGGUGGGUUUGCUCCAUAUUAUGGAGAUGAACCUUUAGAAUUGAAAAUCAACACGGAAGAGAUCAUGACUUCACUCAAAUCGAUCAGUGGACAACUUGAAAACCACAUUAGUCCUGAUGGUUCUCGUAAACAUCCUGCCCGGAACUGCCGAGAUCUGAAGUUCUGCCACCCAGAACUCCAGAGUGGAGAAUAUUGGGUUGAUCCUAAUCAAGGUUGCAAGAUGGAUGCUAUUAAGGUAUUCUGUAACAUGGAGACUGGAGAAACAUGUAUAAAUGCCAGUCCUUCAAAUGUUCCACGUAAGAACUGGUGGAAAGAUUCUGGUGCUAAGAAACAUGUUUGGUUUGGAGAAACCAUGGAUGGCGGAUUUCAGUUUAACUACGGCAAUCCUGAUCUUCCUGAAGAUGUCCUUGAGGUCCAGCUGGCUUUCCUCAGACUUCUUUCUAGCCGGGCCUCCCAGAACAUCACAUAUCACUGCAAGAAUAGUAUCGCCUACAUGGAUCAUGCCAGUGGGAAUGUAAAGAAAGCGCUGAAACUAAUGGGAUCAAAUGAUGGCGAAUUCAAGGCUGAAGGAAACAGUAAAUUCACAUACACAGUUCUAGAGGAUGGUUGCACUAAACACACUGGCGAAUGGGGCAAGACUGUCUUUGAAUAUAGAACACGGAAGGCUAUGAGACUACCUAUUAUAGAUUUUGCACCCUAUGAUAUUGGUGGUCCUGAUCAAGAAUUUGGUGUGGACAUUGGCCCUGUUUGCUUUUUAUAAACCAAACUCUAUCUGAAACCCCAGCAAACAAUUUCACACUCCAUAUGUGUUCUUCUUGUUCUAAUCUUGUCAACCAGUACAAGUGCCCAACUAAAUUGUGGUUAUUUAUUUCCAAAAAUUUUGGAAACACUAUAAUUUGACCAAAAAAAAGGAUACUUUGUUUUGCUGUUACAACAAAUGCAGUUCAAAUGUUUUUGUUCUAUUUUUUUUACCAGUUCCAAUUUCAAAAUGUCUCAAUGGUGCUAUAAUAAAUAAACUUCAACACUCUUACAAUAACACGGCGUUACAUUCUUUGAAUCCUAACCCAUUUGCUAAGCAAUGACUUUGCUUACCAAUAAAAGAUAGCCUUUCUUUUUGAAAGAAUCAAACAUAAAAUUAGAAAAGACUUUCCUGCUUCAACUACCUCAACCUGGUCAUAAACACAUGAAUUUUAUAAGUCCCAGAAGAUGAAAAACAAAAUUGUAUAAAUUGGCAAAAUUGGUGAUUGUAAUUGAUAAAUUUGUUUAAAUAGUGGCCAAAAAAAUGUAGAGUGUAGUGCAAGAAUUUAAAGAAAUAUUUUUAAAGCCACUAUUUUAAUCCUGAAUAUCCACUAUGUUUAAAGGUGCUUUUUUCUUCGUGGGUCAUUGCUGGUCAAAAUUAUCAAUAUUUGGGAAGGUUUUAAAGACAGAUGUUAUGGUGCUAACAUACUUUCACUUUAAAAACUUAGAUCAGAAUUAUUUCCUUGUAUUCAAAACAUAAAGAAAAUCCAUCUGUAUGUGUCUCCUGUCAGAAAAGAUUUAUUGGCUUGUCACUUCAGGGGACUUCCCUCUCCCUUUGUCCUGUAAAAGUCAACAACAACAACAACAAAACAAAUUAUGAGGCUGCUUUGUCAUAAUAACACAGAGAAUGUGUUGAAUUUUAACUUGUAAGCUUGUAUGUGGUUGUUGAUCUUUUUUUCUUACA